GGGGAUUCAAUACCUUGCCGGUGAACUAAACGAGCCGAAGACCGAAACAAGAUGCUUCAAAACCAGAAAAUUUCAACAAACUCAAUUAUUCUUAGAAAUAAUCGCCUAGUUUCACUGUUGUAUAUACACAUUUAAUAACCAAUGGCUGUAAUUGAAGUUCAAGUCGUCUUCGACUUCCUUUGCGCGUGGUGCUACAUAGGUAAGCGCAACCUCGACCGCGCCAUUUCGCUAUACCAGAAGACGUACCCCGGCGGCAGAUCGGAUACUUUCGCUAUAACAUGGUCGCCCUACUACCUCGAAUACAACAAGGCGCCGCAUAGCGUUGACAAAACGGAACUCGCCGAGACGCGCCUUGCGCAUUUAACACCUAAGCAGCGCGCGGCGCUUACGCUACACAUGAACCGGGCCGGCCGCGCUGCCGGGAUCAAUUUCAUGUGGGGCGGUAGGAUCGGCCCCGAUACACGGGAAGCCCACCGGCUCAUCCGGCUAGGCUCCACUAAAAGUGGCGAAAUACGCGAUGCUCUUGUCGAAGGCCUUUUAGAUGCAUAUCAAGCGCGCGAACAGGAUAUCUCGGAACGCGGGGUUUUAAGAGCUGUCGCAGUAAAGGCCGGCAUAGAUGGCGCCGAGGUAGAUGUGUGGCUGGAUUCCGACGCCGAUGCGGAGGUGGUGGACGAGGAGGCUAGGAAAAACAAGGAGAUUUUUGGAGGGGAGGGUGUUCCAGCAUUCGUCGUCCAAGGAGUGCAUCGCCUUGGCGGCGUGCAGGAUCCCAUGGACCUAGUUGAGGUCUUCAUAAAAGUUAGGGAGAGGCAGUGACUGGCGGAUAAUUGAAGGGUUGGGGCAGCCGACUAUACUUGUACACUAGAUUUUAUUGAAAAGGUGUGAUAAAUAUGCUUGAUUAACAAAUGGGAAAAUUGAAUUCAGUGUCUAAU